GAGAGAGCGAGAGAGAGAGAGAGAGAGCGAGAGAGAGAGAGAGAGAGAGAAGGCAGGAGAUUUGCUGAGAGGAAGGAAGGUAGAGUAGGCGUGUUCUUUGUGAUCCGUGCCUCUUGAAGCCUGGUCUCAUCUGCUGAGGCUCAGGCUAGUGGAGUGGAGCUCUGUGUUGAUGAGAGAGGCAGUGGAGAGAUGCUCCGACUGAACACCCCCUGACACACCGCUCUGCUUCUCAACUACGGAUGCUAACUUCACCUGUGGAUCACACACACCCGGACAGCCAAGAGUUCAUCGGAUCGGUUCAGACAGAAACCCACCAGGAGCCGCCGGAGUCUGUGUUCAGUCUGCAAAAAGUGUCUGCAAGUCAAAAGGAGUGUGUGAUGCUGGUAGGGUCUGUCUAUGUGUGGGUGAUGCUGGUAGGGCCUGACUAUGUGUGUGAUGCUGGUAGGGUCUGUCUAUGUGUGUGCAGAUGAGUGUGAAGCUGGCCCCUGGGUUGGAGUCUAGCAUUGUUUGGACAGGGGCCUUGGGUCUCUCUGGCUACCCAGGGGAGGGAGCACUGGCCUGGGCAUCCACAGGCCUCGCUACCCCCUGGCACCGCCCUGGCCCUGGAGGACUCCUUUGAGCAAGCCUAACUGUUUGGAGCGUACAAUGGCUACUGGGCUUCCCUGUGGAUUUAAUUGGCUUUCUGCACACAUGCUCCGGGAUCUGUCGGAGUUGUUCUGCGGCUCGCACUGGACCCACAUGGAGAACGCUGCUUUGGCCCUCCUCAAGCCAGCAGGGACACAGCUGCACUAAGGCUUCCGGAUCGCUAGUGAAGAAUGAUGAGCUCCAAAGAGGAGGAAACUCUGAGAUUUAUCCAGUAUGUUGAAGAUAGUGGACUAAGAGCCUACAGCGGGCUGGUCUCUCAGAACCUGGAUGUUGAAGAUAGUGGACUAAGAGCCUACAGCGGGCUGGUCUCUCAGAACCUGGAUGUUGAAGAUAGUGGACUAGGAGCCUACAGCGGGCUGGUUUCUCAGAACCUGGAUGUUGAAGAUAGUGGACUAAGAGCCUACAGCGGGCUGGUCUCUCAGAACCUGGAUGUUGAAGAUAGUGGACUAAGAGCCUACAGCGGGCUGGUCUCUCAGAACCUGGAUGUUGAAGAUAGUGGACUAAGAGCCUACAGCGGGCUGGUCUCUCAGAACCUGGAUGUUGAAGAUAGUGGACUAAGAGCCUACAGCGGGCUGGUCUCUCAGAACCUGGAUGUUGAAGAUAGUGGACUAAGAGCCUACAGCGGGCUGGUCUCUCAGAACCUGGAUGUUGAAGAUAGUGGACUAAGAGCCUACAGCGGGCUGGUCUCUCAGAACCUGGAUGUUGAAGAUAGUGGACUAAGAGCCUACAGCGGGCUGGUCUCUCAGAACCUGGAUGUUGAAAAUAGUGGACUAAGAGCCUACAGCAGGCUGGUCUCUCAGAACCUGGAUGUUGAAGAUAGUGGACUAAGAGCCUACAGCGGGCUGGUCUCUCAGAACCUGGAUGUUGAAGAUAGUGGACUAGGAGCCUACAGCGGGCUGGUUUCUCAGAACCUGGAUGUUGAAGAUAGUGGACUAAGAGCCUACAGCGGGCUGGUCUCUCAGAACCUGGAUGUUGAAGAUAAUGGACUAGGAGUCUACAGCGGGCUGGUUUCUCAGAACCUGGACCACGGCAGGAAUGAGAGGAAUAGGAUUUAUCUACAGGAGAAAAAGGACAAGAAGAGAAAACAGGAAGAAGCCAUAAAAAGGACGGGCGAAGAGGUGGUGACCGAGGGGAAGCACCUGCGCAUGGGCUCCAUGACCAUGCCAGCCCCCCCGCAGCGCGUGCCUAAGCCCCCCUAUCUCGCUUGCGGGCCGGGCUUCGCCGUGCGCUCCCAGUCCCUACACUCGGUGGGCGGGGGCAGUAACGGAGGUGGGGAGGAGGAGGUAGGCAGCCCCACCUCCCGCAAGCAGCCCCCGCCCAAACCCAGGAGGGACCCGGCUACCAAGCUGACCAUUUCCUCUGAGACAGUGGACCACAGCCCCGCCUUGGUCUGCAGGGGCUGCAGGGCCAAUCCGGAUGCGCCACAAGGCUGCGGUGAAGACUGCAAGAGGAUCGCUCCCCCCAAACCCAGGAGGAACCCCACCACCCAGCUGAGCACCUCCUUUGAUGAUUCCUACAUCAGGAAGCACGUUGGCUCCAAGGGUCACUCCCCCUCUGCCGAGCGCGAGCGCAACCCCUCGCCACCGAGCGACGAGAGCCCCAGCCACCACUCUGACUCGGAUGAGCCCGUCUACAUCGAGAUGGGAGCCAGUGUUGGGGGCGGCGGGCACACAGAGGCACCCAAGAGUGAGGACGAGGAGCCGGGAGAGUCUGUGUAUGAGGAGAUGAAAUACCCCCUCCUGGAUGAUAUGGACUACCGCUGGGACCCCCCGGGGUGCCGCUCCGCCUGCCCCACCCCGGCGCCCCUGGACCCAGAGCCCCUCAGCCGCUGCUCCACCCCGCGCAACAUCCCCCUCUGCGACAUCCCUGCGCCCUUUCCCAACUUGCUCACCCACCGGCCGCCCCUCCUGGUGUUCCCCCCGGCGCCGGCCCAGUGCUCGCCAAACUCGGACGAGUCCCCGCUCACCCCUCUCGACGCACUGACCAAGUUGCCCAUGAUGGACAACCCCAGCGCCUACAACAAGUCGCCCACCUCCUCUUCCGAGCCCCCCUUGGCGCACCUCCGCCGGGAGUUGACAGCCACGCCCACCCUGACCGUGUCGGGUCGCUCGUCGGCUCCGCCCUUGCCCUGCACCCUCUACAAGUCCUCGGCCUCCUCGGCCCACGGCUAUCAGCGCAGCCACUCAGCCUGCCCCUCUCCCGUCAGCAUGGGCCGCUGCCUCACGCCGCUUAGCCUGAUGCGCACAGCACCCUUCGACGCCUCCAUGCCUUUCCCGGGCGGGCUGCCGCGCAGCGCCUCCGCCACCCCCCAAGGAAAGGGCUCGCCCCCACAGGACUGCGUGGCCGGGGGCAGGCUGCAUGGGUCGAUGCAGAACGUGUCCACGGGACGCUCGCGCACACCGACCAGCCCCCUGGACGAGCUGACCAACCUGUUCACCGCCGGCAGGAACAUGAUGAAGAAGAACGCCAGCGGGAGGAAGUCCAAGGAGCCCGGGGAGACCGAGUCCAAGAGUAUGUCUCACAGUGAGUCCAAACGUGAUGGCAAGGAGCGGCACAGUCACAAGGAGUCCAAACGGGAGAGCAAGGAGCGGCACAGUCACAAGGAGUCCAAACGGGAGAGUAAGGAACGUAGCAAAGAGUCUUCUUCUCACCGACGCGACACCAAGGACAGGAGCUGUAGCAGCGUGGAGCCGCUGCCCAGGCGGUACAGCAAAGACAAGGGUUGUAACAGUGUGGAGCCCUUGCCUAUAAAAAUGGACAGUAGAGAUAGAGGUUGUAGUAGUGUGGAACCCCCGCCUGUCAGACGGGACAGCAAAGACAGAAGUGUCCACGGCAUGGAGCCGUUACUGCGACCGGACGGCAAAGACUCUCCCCGGAACGGCGUGGAGUCCAGACACGACAGCAAAGAAAGGCUCAGCCACCAGAACCCACCAGAACUUCUACCCAGGCAAGAUAGCAAAGACCGAACCAGGAACGGAAUGGAUUCGAGACAUGAGAGCAAAGAACGAUUGUACCAGCCACCAGAGCUCCUACCCAGACAAAAUAGCAAAGAUUCACCCAGAAAUGGCCUUGAGUGCAGACGUAAUAGCAAAGAUCGAGACAGGGAGUGCUACGGCCUGGAGUCUAGACAUGAUGGCAAAGAACGAAGUUACAAUGGAAUGGAGCCCUUCCCCUUACCCCGACAGGAAAUCAAAGAGUCAGCCAGAAAUGGCCUUGAAGCCAGGCGUGACAGCAAGGACAGAAGCUGCAAUGGCUCAGAGCUGCCCCCCCGGCGCGAUAGCUACGGCAAGAGUGUCAAUGUGGUUGAUUUUAGGUGCGACAAUAAAGACCGGGUUGGUCAAAGCUCAGAGGCCUUGCUCAGGCGUGAUGGCAGAGAUAGGGGGACCUAUAGCGUUGAGCAAUCAAAAGCACAAGCGAGGAACGGUGUAUCAGGGCAACAAUCAUCGACGUCCACACCAACUCGGCACGGUAGACCUGCUGGCAGUCCGCCAAUGGUGUUGGGAACUGGCAAUACAGAGCUGAAACCAGCACUUCCGAAGUAUGGCCAUUCUUCCUCCGCCCCAGUUACACCCUCUCCCUUAGGGACCCCACAGAGGCGAGCACCAGAGGCACAGGCGUCCCAGAUGCCGUGGAUGUGUGGGGACAGCACCAUGCUGGAGCAGAUUGAGAGGAAGCGCUCCCUGUGCAUUGAGAUCCGCUCCAGGCAACAGCCAGACAGGAACCCCCCGGACCGGAACCUCUGUAAGCAGGACAGCAUGCCUACCCUCCCCACCUGGGGGAAGAGCAACGGGGCCAAAAAGAUCCGGCCUCCCCCCUACCCUACACAAACCACCGUGUUCUGGGACACAGCCAUCUGACUAUAACCCACUUAGCCCCACGCCCAUCCUCCUUCUGGACUCUGUGCCUACUGAUUGGCCCACUCCGCAUCAGAGGUGUCAGUUGCAGCCAAUAAGAGCAGGGGGGAAUCGCUGAUGUCAAAGGAUAAUGGUGGUUACCAUAGCAAUAUUUCCACUUGUUCAGGUUGUCAUUUUUUCUUAUCACCACCAGUGAUAUUUGAUAUUUUUCUAUUUCGUGUGACUUCGUAUGAAUAGAUAUUUUCUAAACAAAAAGCGAUGAAGCAGCAAAAACUAUGUAGCUCAAUCCAAUGUUUUAUUUACGUUUUUGUUUUGGUAUUUAACAUUUUAAAGCAUAGUCUAUCAAGCAUAAUUCUUUAUGCCAAAUGCUCAAUUAAUUUCCAUGGAGGAUAUUCUGACUGUCAACAUGCUGUCACUGUAGCUUGAGGAGUUCAGUUGACAUAGGUUUCUAUCCGAGCCAUAUAUUUAGAUCUAAAUACCUGGCUCUGGUUGCCAUUAGCCCUUGGGCCAAUGUGUUCUAGAAUGUAUAAUACUUAGUCCUAGAACAGGUCAGGAAUCUUGUGCUUCAGUUUGUAUGUUCACUAGCUGUCUAGUCAUUCAGAGCCUUUGAUGAGGAUUUCUUAGAUGGGUUGGCUGGCAUGUAGUACACAAGUGACAAUUUUCGAUGACAUUACACGAAGAUGGAAACAAGGGUGGGUCGGGGAGAUAAACGUGAACCUAUUAUCCCAAACCAGCCAGCCUGUUGAGGUCAAUUGUGGGUGGUGACGUUGCACUUUGCAAGGGUUGGUUAUCUAAUAUGGGUUGGUGGCAAAGCUGUCCUACUCUGCCAGGCACAUUGAGGGCUUCCUCUCACAGAGUAGAUACUGUACCCACAGGCUGGGUGGUAUGGUGGCGGAUGAUUGGCUGUCUGUAACAUGUUACCCCGUGAUUGGCGGCUGCUUGGUGGCAUCCAUUUUAGGCAUUAGAUAAGGGCCUAUAGCGUGGCCACAGUUCUGCCCAAGUAUAAGAAGGGUUGCACAAGGGCCUACAGAUCAAGGCUUAAGGUUAAUAAUUAAAAAACUACACUACCCAUCAUCCAUCACACUCAAUUAGGCAGUAUCCAUGCCCAUCUGUUGCUCCUCUAGCUCAACCUCCUGCAUCAUCUAAAGUGGUUCUCUUUUACAUCAUCUAAAGUGGUUCUCUUUUACAUCAUCUAAAGUGGUUCUCUUUUACAUCAUCUAAAGUGGUUUUCUUUUGUAUGUAAGAAAUGCAAUGUAUGUAUUGACAUUUUUUUUCAGAUUCCCCUCCUAUCUCCUUUUCCUGUCUGUCCAUAGACCUUGCCUGGCUACCCAGAAUCCUUGCUCCGGUCAAAAGCUACGUUAGUUUCUUCUCCACAAUGAGUCUGGCUCUGAGUACCUCCCCAGCGAUUUCUAGAAUGGAAAUCCAUUCUCGACCGUCUGAUUUGUCCCAGAAACCAAUGGGUUGGGCCAGAGCCAGAACACGUGGGUAAAGCGGCAUUUGACAAUUAGUCAUUGUCUUUGAUACUCUGAUUGGUUAGAGAUGAUCCAAUCGCUGAUGACUGUUUUGUACAACACCCUUCAUUUUGACGACA